UUAGUUGGGGGCUAAAGUUGGUUCAUUAUGUCACAACCUAGGGAAACCCCCAAAAACAAAAUUAAGAAAAAGGAAUGUAGCUACAAGGUCAACAACAAACAGUGCAUAAUCAAUCCAAUAUUUUCUCGUUCAGGACAAAGAAGAAGACAAAAACAGCAAAAAGUUUCCUCAGACUGCAUUUAAAAUACCAUUCAAAACACUCCCACUUUAGGUUUCUCAUGCAUUUAUACCCCUUUCAUCCACACACAUCCAUCUCUCUCUCUCUCUCUCUCAAACUCUGUUCUCCAUAGCUCUCUCCAAUGGAAAACCGAUUCAAGCUCAAGCUUUCUAACAUGUUCCGCUCCUCAUUUGGCUCCUGCCGAUCCCGAAACUUAUCGGAUGUGAUCGAAAAAGCAGUGUUCUUGCCCGAAAACCAGCAAGACUUGCCCACCAUUGAGCCUCCUAAGCAGGUGGCCCGACCUUUCCCCACCAUUUGCAGACCCAAAUGCUCAGACCCCAACCAACCCAUCAUCAACAAUCACUGUGUCAUCUCUACCAAAGAUGUCAUGCUUCCAAGACGCAAAAUUUUUGAACGUUGUUCCCCUUUUGUUAAGCCCUUUAACCCUGAUGGCCUAACAUGCCCUCCAGCCUCACCUUUCGCAGCUUUAAACCCUUUCUACGACCUCCAUGAUAAGAGCUUCAGACAGAGAAAAAACAGAGAUAAGAUAAAGAAGAGGAACAAGAAGAAGAAGACGAGCAAUGCUAAGAAGAACAAGCCGAGCAGCGAGUUUUUCCCAUUUAGCUCUUCUUCUUUUGAUAGUAAUAACUACAAAGGGUGGUGGUCGAGCAGCGAGGACGAUGAGAGAGAGGACGAGACAGAUACUCUGUUUUCUUCAAAGAGCCACUCUUCUGAUUCAUCUGGGUCUCGAUUACGACGUCGUCCUCCACGAAACGGACACAGUACUAGCCGGAGAAGAGCGAGCUCUGAAGUGGGUCUGCUUCCAAUGCAAGGAAAAGUGAAGGAUAGCUUUGCAGUGGUGAAGAAGUCGAGCGAUCCGUACAAUGACUUCAGGACAUCAAUGGUAGAAAUGAUCGUUGAGAAGCAGAUAUUUUCAGCCAAGGAUCUCGAGCAGCUUUUGCAGUGUUUUCUGUCACUGAAUUCGCCUCUUCAUCAUAGAGUUAUUCUUGAGGUUUUCACUGAGAUUUGGGAAGCUCUGUUCUCUAACUGGGGAUCUUGAAGAAAACCCUCUCUGUUUUCUCUGUUCUCUCUGUUUCCUCUGUAAUCUGUGUUUUUCUAAGGAAGAAAUAGUUAGAAUUCUAACUUCUAGUUACCUUUCUCUGUAUUUGAUUUUUUUUGUUUUUGUUUUUCAUUCUUAGAAACUGUGAAUCUGUUUGUUUUAGAGUUGAAUGGACUAAAA